AUGGAUUUAUUGGAUAAGCUUCACAUCAACAUCCCCUUCGUUGAGGCUUUAGAGCAAAUGCCUCCAUACUUAACAUUUUUAAAGGAUAUCUUAUCCAAGAAAAUGUGGUUAGUUGAAUUUGAGAUAGUGGCACUCACUAAGGAAUGCAAUGCAAUCAUACAAAACAAGCUUGCUCUAAAGCGUAAAGACCCUAACAGCUUCAUGAUGCCAUCCACAAUUAGUGCUUUAGUUUUCACCAAGGCAUUGAGUGAUUUGAGGGCAAUUAGUGUAGUGGAUAGUGUCACAAGUGAAGUUUUAAGAGAAAGUCAUCCUACAGACCCAUAUGAGGCAUCAUUGAUUGUCGAAUUUGAGACAAGUGAUGAGAUUGUUAUUGAAUGUGUUAAUGUGUUGAAUGCCCUAUUUCAUGUCUUAGGAACACAGUUUGAGGUGUUAGAUUUUUCUUCUUAUUCAUCUUCACCAAUGAAACUGUCUAUUGAAGAACUUGUUAAGUUAGAACUCAAACCAUUACUAAACCACUUAAGCUAUGCAUAUCUUGGUGACCUCUCUACCCUUCCUGUUAUUAUUUUGUCUGAUCUUUAUAACAACUAG